GAGAAAGAGUUGUCUGAGAAUUUGAGAGAGACAGAGAGAGAGAAAGGGCUGUCUGAGAAUUUGAGAGAGAGACAGUAGAUCCAUGGAAAUGCAAGCUUACCAGAGGUCUUGGGAGAGCCUCCCAGAAGAGAUUUUGCUCCACAUCUUCUCCGGCCUACACGACUUCGACUCGCUCGAGGUCGCCUCGCUUGUGUGCAGCUCGUGGCACCAGGCGUCCCUCAACCGCACAUGCUGGGAUCCCCUUCAAAUCUCUGACCACAAUGCCUUCCUUUCUUCCCUCAUCAAGGAAGAGGAGACCCCCAAAGAUCCAAUGCAUCGACUGAACCAGAAGGCCCUCUUUGUGGUUCGACGAUGUGGGUCUCGAGCAAAGUCCGUCUCGGCUCGAUCCUGCGUAGAUGAUGCCAUUCUACGAGAGAUUGCGCAAAGGUGCCCAUCAAUAGAGUCUCUUUCUCUAAGAGACUGCACUAAAGUUUCAGGGAAAGCUCUAUGUCAAAUGUUAAGAAUAUGGAAAGAAUUGAAGUUUGUGGACCUUCGAGGCUCAAAUUGCUUGAGCACAGAGGCCAUAGAAGAAAUUGAGGGGACUUGCCCUAAUUUGGAGGGGUUGAAUUAUGGAGGAAGUAUAAGCUAUGAGAUGGCUGAGGCCAUAGGGAAGAAAUUCCCUAACCUGAAAUGGCUUAACAUAAGUGGAAGUGGCAUAGAUGGGUCUGGUUUGAGGUGUAUAAUGGAGUCUUGUAGGGAUUUGGAGCACCUAAAUGUCAUGGGGUGUGGAAGAUUGAUACUGGAUUUUGAGCUCUCCUUCCAGGCCAGAGGCAUUCAUGAGUUCAAAUUUUCUAGUUUUAACUGUGAUUAUGACCAUGACUAUGACUAUUUUGGCUAUGAGAUUUGAUGAGAGAGAGAGAGAGAGAGGGGGAGGGAGGAGGGAGAACAGAGAGAGACAGAGAGAAUAGAGGGAACAUUAUUGAUGGUUUAUUGGCUAGCCAUGAAGAUAUGCCCAAAGAGAGUGGUUAGGUGAAGAAAGAUGUUGGUUCUUUAUAAAAAAAUUUAUUUACCUAUUGUAUUCUUUGUUCUCUUUCAUGCAUAUUGUAUUACCUAUUGUAUUCUUUGUUCUCUUUCAUGCAUAUUGUAUUUUGUUUGUUGUGCAAUGGGGUAUUAUUUGGCUUUGCUGCUUUGUGUUUGGAGAGGGAGAAAUCAUCCAUUCUUUGCAAUUUCCUCC